AUGGUAGUGCAGAUCAAAGUUAUAGGUAAAUAUAAUAACUGGAAUAAUAGUCGUGUUCUUUUACAGCAAAACAACCGGUAGAUAUUCUGAGCGAACGUUGGGCGAACAGUUUGCAACUUCGGACCGAGAACAAAGUGACGCUACUGGCGUGGCGCGAGCUUGGGACAAUCCACCGUCGAGGUAUUUUUUGAGCAUUUUGGUUUUCAACAUAUGCGGAUGGUAAUUUCGGCUAGAGAGUCUUCUGGUAGGACCCUUAUGAAACUAUGGAAGUUAUGUGAAUAUUGUUUUCAGGACCUCUAGAAAACGUUUCCUUAGAUGGAUUUUCAGAAAAAAAAAACAAAAGACGUGGCGAAAGUUUGAGAAACUUGCUGAUCAGAGAUCAUGUCGAUCAAAACUACAAAAAUUAUGAAAACUCCUUUUUUUCUUCUGCCUAUUCAACAAGAAACAGCUCAAUAAUUUUUUCUUUGCCCGGAGUUCUACAGAAAUUAUUUAGAUGAAUUCAAAGGCAGCAAAAAGGAACAUUUAUAUAGAACCCUUUUCCACCCUAUCCGACUUUGCUUAUGCUAACGAUAUAAAAAAAAUCGGAAAAGUCUCAGUUCUGGUUUUUAUUUAAUACCAUCAUGCUAUUUAUUUUUUUGAUCGACUUUUUUGUGAAAUUCUACUAUGAUUGAUACUAUGCACCGGAGCAAUUUAAAUGGUUAUUUUGAAAUGACUUUUGCCGAAUCUGGUAGAUGGAUGAACUUGGAUUUGCAGGUCGUCAACGCCUUCACGGCUACCACUCGCCCCGGCAGUUUUACCCAACUUUGAAAUUGGAGAAAAGCGAAGCUGUAGGAGCUUUUUUAUUUUAAAAAAAGGCGAACUUCGUUUUUCGAGAUAAAUCUCGACGUGGCCACACCAUCUAUGGCCUGCUUGUUUUUGGCAUGGACACCUGACGGGAAGAGAAUGAUCGCCACAUGCAAUCUUCACAAGGUUUCGCCGUCUCUCCGACGUUUUAUUCCUAAUUCCACAGUGCUUCAGACCAUUCGUAUACUACGGUACAAAGGCGUCGAAGGAGGCAUGGGAAAGAAUGACGAGGCUCUUGUUAAGGUACUUUCCUGGCAUGCUAAAGAAAUUUCGGUUCGGUCGCGUUUUAAAAAUCGUCAUUUUUGAACAUUUUGAAAUUUUUUUUAGUUUCCAGUUGUUUGAGCGUCCAAAACAAGUAGAAUUCUCGAUUUUGGUGAGGUUUAAAGUUUCGAGAAAGCCAAAUAUUGGCUGCUGAUACGUUGAAACUGAUCAUAAUAUAAAGGAAUAGGUACUUUAAAACCAUUAACACCUUCAAAAAGCUCAAAAAACUUUUCAAAUUUUGAAAACUUGAAAAAAAUAGGCUUAAUUAAAUAGCGACCGAACCGACCGACUUUUACAGCCUACUUCCCUUCGGGGGGUUUUUUUUUAUUUCUCUUUUUCUUUUUUUUCUAAAACGUUGGUGCGCCAGUGUUGUCUUUGACCUAGGGUUUUCGUUUUUUCUAUUCUUUCUUAGGAUGAGGGGUCCCUAUGGGGGUAACCUUAGGGGCCCUUGUAGGGUCCCCUCUAAGAUUUUUUUCCUAAGUCGUAAUGUUUUUUUUUGUUGCGUUUUGUGAGACAUGGGCUUUAAAAAAAUGUAAUAUUAACCUUUGGAAGUACUUUUUUCUACUGUAAAGAAGGAAAUACAUAACUCUACUUUGUAGGGAAUUUUCGACGUAGAGCACGAUGUGAACCUCGUGUCGACGGCUGAGAAUGGUUUCGCGAUUCGUUCCGAACUGACUCUCUUCACCCAUGACUCGAAACAUUUGCUCAUCUGCACGAUGGGACACGUAAGCCUUUUCUGGAAUGAAGACGGAGCCUAGUAAUGAUCUAUAAACUACAUGCUGAUCGGGUGCCUCUACGGGUGUACCCGUAUUAAACCCGGGUUUCUGAGGCUAUUUGAGUCUCAGCUGUGCUAAAACGGGGGAACAACGAGUGUAAGGAGGAAUAGGUGACCCAGAUGUACUUAUUUCAGAAAUCAGUGACCCAACUGAUCUGUCAAUAAAUUGUUAUUAUUAUUAACUGGGCUAAAACCGUGCCUCAGCUGGGGUAAAAAUCUUCUCGGGCAAAGUCGGAAUGGUGGAUAAUGGCCGCUAAAAGGGAAAGGCUCAAAAAAGGCCGCAGAAAGAGUCCCUUUAUCGAGCCUUCCAUUUUUUCUGAGAUUUUAAAGGCUCAAGAAAUGGUGGAAAAAGGGAGAGGCACAAAAAAUGGUUCAUAAGAGCCGAUGAAAUGGCACAAGAAACCCUAAAAGGAACAUUUUUAUGGAGCCCUUUCCCGCCCUCUCCGACUUUGCCUAUGUAAACGGGUUUAAUACGGGCGCGCCCGAUGAGACCCCGCCUUAGCACGGCUAGGCAACCCUCAUCAGUAUGAGAGCUCAUGUUUCGAAUAUUUGAGUAAACCUUCGAAAAAACCACUUCCCUUUGAGGCUACCGAGCCUGUCGCUUUCCACCACGCCUAUCGGAGCAACGAGUCGUUCCCGAUCAAUAUCGCUCUAGACAUGUACUAUUUCCAUGUUAUUGACAUCGAGGUUUCCUUUCUUUCCUACUUUUCUCAUCUUCGUUUCUCAGGAGGGUAAAGUUUGUGGCGAACACCGGUUCAACGCCGACAAAAUUUCGUUGGUGAGCGGAGUUUCGCUGAACGAUCGGACUCUUCUCAUUCUUUCGCAGCAUCACCAGGUUCUUGAAUAACAUAAAAUAGAAAAAAAUCGGAAUAUUUCAUAUGAUUAAAAUAGACUCAAAAAUUUUGACAUACCAAGACGCUGAGAAAGACUAAGAAACUGACCGAUGAACGUGAAAAAUAUAUUCAGUAUAAUGAGAAUUGUCGCAUUUGGAAACUCCAUAAGCGUUUUUUCUAGGUUCUGACCGUAUUUUCGCUCUCUCAGGCGGGCGAUCUUUUCGUCGAGCGGGAAAUCGGUGCAAGUAUACACGAAGACGAUAGUUUGUUUCUAUGGUAGGGUCUCUUCUUCCUCUUCUCAGUCAAUCUCACGAUUCUUAGGCCUCAUGACCCUGGUACUUAUGUUGGUACCUUGUUCUACACCGGCUUCAAACAAAGGCUCACUACUUUUUUGUACAAAAGGGCUAAGGAACAGGGCGAUUUGGUCAAGUUCCAUCAGCGCAUGAUUUACAGGUUUGCAAGGGUUUUUUUUUGGUUUCGCACUGAUUUGAGACAAACAAAGGUUAAUUAGAAGGCUCGAAAAUUGCGAUAGUAUCUGCUUUUUUUCAGGGGGGGAUCAUUAUCGAUUAAAAACUUGAGUAAUCGAAUAAAGUAAAACAUAUAAUGCAGUCUCAACUAUUCAAAUGAAGUCAAAUAGUUUAUUUCGUUGUGUUUGCCAGAUGUAUUCGGCUAGGCGGUGAACAAGAACUUUCAAAGCUAUAAAGAACCGCCUUUGGCGAACUGGAAGUCAAAGCGUGUAGUUGAUAAAGUUGAAAUCAUGGUCUUACGGUCCUUCGCCCCGUUCUUCUGCGCGUAUUUUAUUCAGUUGCGCCUUGACGAGCUCAGAAUGUAGUGAAAGUAGUGUUAGAGUCCGGACCAAGAAUUUUUGAAGCCAUAACGAACAACCGCCUUGGCCGCCAAGCCAAGGGCUGCCUUCCUAAUCAUCUACCUCUGAAAGUUAGAAAGGAAAAAUGUGAUGAUUAUUACAGGCAAAAUCUGCGUAUGAUGCGUGCCCAACUGCUCGGCGGAAGAUAUGUUUUCCUUCGAAUGGCAACAAGUGAGUUGUCCAUUUUGAUGAGACUAGCUUUCUUUUUCUCGAAAUUUACCCCCCCCCCCCCUUCCUCUUGCAACAUCGCCAUAGCAUCCCGGUAUUGCAAAAAUAAAAUGAUCGAGUUGAGAGCCUCCCAACGGACACGUGGACUACUCCUCCCAGCCUUGCUUCUUCGUUCUCUUCGACUGGAGGACCGUCGAAAUCAUCGACGUCUUCGAGGAGGUCUCUGCACCUCCGCUGCCAGUCGCGCAACGCUUUCUUGCAGUACGACGCACGGCUUCUGCUCUUCUUCGAGGGCGCCAUCGACGAAAUGGUCCAUCCGUCGCAGACCUAUUUCACUGACGCGCCGCUCACUUUCCGCCAUAAUUAUUUCGCCCAUCUCAAUUAUCAACGGAGUAAAUCCAAAGAAAGCAAGUCAGGUUCGAAAAUCUCCUAAAUAAAUCCCAAUGAAUUUUUGAUUGUUCAGAAGUUGUCUCGGGCGAAGUUUGCCGUCGAUUGCUCAAUCCUCUGCCUCUUUAUUGUACACAGGUACUUUUCACGAGUUUCCUCUCAAAGUUAAGGUUGAAGAAGCCUAUCGAGCAAAUGUUUCGAUUAUUUCUUACAGAGUCGGAAUUUUAUUUGUGAUAUCCUCUGAUUCUGAUGUUAAAUUGGGGUGAAAUGAUAUUUUUUGAUUUUGAAGCGUUUUUCGAAAAGUAUUUUCUGUCCCUUGACGAGUUGCUCUUGGUUGUAUUCACGAAACGUUGAACCACUAGAAAUUCAAAAAUUGAAAGAUUAUCUGCUGGGGCAUCUCUGAUAUUUAGUGAGCAGAAACCAAUCAUAUUCCAUGUAUUUUUUUGAAGAUUUGAAAUUUUUUUGCAUUGAACGAAGGGUUGUGAAAAAAAGUUGUUAAAGUACAAAGUUCUGAAAAAAGGUGAAAAAGUUCAAAAUAUCUAGAGAAAAGAGAACACGCUGGCGGUUUUGCUUUGAUCUUUUCUUUUGGUUAACCGCGAUAUCGCAUUUUUGCAAGUUUAUGUUUUUUUUUGAGUGCUGUGCGAAGGAAAUGCGUCUGGCGCGGCGUCGAAGCGGUUCAUUUGCGAUUUUGUCAAUGUACCGCUCAUAAAUAAGCUAACUAACAAAUUUUUGGGACGUCAUCACGAACACCCCAUGAAAAAACAUCGCAGAAAUAUUUCCAUGUGAAGUGACUUUUAGAGUUGCGUUAAAAUUUGAUUGGGACUGAUAUUUUUUUCGCGAGCUACAGGAAGUAGCUACGUGUCAGUCCACUGAAAGCUAUCACUUUACGGCUUGCCCCCGUAUCCCCCCAAAAGCGUUAAUCGAUCUGAUUUCAAUGUUAAUUCACAUUAUGAGUUGAGUUCAUUUUAAGCUACAUAAGAAGCCUUCUGAAUAAAUAGGGGUACGAAUGUACCCUGUUAGCUUAUGUAUGGCACCGCCUCCUAUCUUGCUUUUCCGGACUAGUGUUAUUUUUAAUGAUAUUGAGCUCUAGAUCUGUGAACUUUCCUGUAACCAGAAUGUUUUUGAAGGGAAAAGAUUCCAGGUCUCAGUCGCUUCGCCGUUUCUGGACCCUUACCUGUUCUCCAUCGACGAGUCCUUCUUCCGGAGCGUACUUGGCGGUCGCGUGCAAGUGCGACUCGACGCGCCGGGAGGCAACCAACUGCCGGCGAACCCCGUCCAGUCAGUUGCGCUGUUGUAAUCACCGCGGAUCGAUGCCUGCCUUCAGGUAUUUCAGCCGCAGAACGGGCCGUUUGCUCUUCUCGUUCCAACUGCCUUCCAGAAGCUCCGGAAAACAGGUAAACUUGCUAAGUUGCCUUUUUCCCAUUUUUCAUUUUUCGAUCUGUCUCCUAUACCAUCCAACGGAUCCGCUUUUCAUCGGUGUCGAAAGGUCGAAGCCUGAGAACAAAAUUUUUGUGUAUAUGCCUCGUUCGGUUCGUUUUUUACAUCUAUCUUUAAGCUGUGUUCAAAGUGAUUUCCGCGAAAUUCACUAAUAUCUUUGACUCUCCAGAAUUUAGUUAUCUUUUUCUUACUCUGACGGCUAUUUUGGAUUUCGCGGAAACACUUUGAACGCUGCCAAGAUCUCUCAUUUUUUAUCAAUGAAAAAAACUUCAGGACGACGAAUUGCCGCAAGAGCCCUCCGACGACUUUUAA